CUCAUUUUCGCUCCUCUUCCGCUUCUUGACUUUCUCUCGUUCAGUCGGAAGCCGCGUGCGUGUUCAGGUGUUUCCACCUUUUUGGAUUGUUUGUUUUAAAAAAAACUCUUUUGUUUGCCGACACGAGCGCCACUUUUGCGUCACCAUGGGGGCCCUGCAGUGCAUCAAGUACCUGCUCUUUUUCUUCAACUUCCUCUUUUGGUUGGCCGGCACGGGCGUGUUGGCGGUGGGACUCUGGCUGCGCUUUGACAGCAGGACGGCAGGACUGUUUGAGGGCGAGGACUCGCCCUCCGUCUUCUUCACCGGCGUGUACAUCCUGAUCGCGGCUGGAGCCCUGAUGAUGGUGGUCGGCUUCCUGGGAUGCUGCGGCGCCAUCAAGGAGUCGCCGUGCAUGCUGGGAUUGUUCUUCCUGUUCCUGCUGCUGAUCUUCGCGGUGGAGGUGGCGGCGGGCAUCUGGGGACUGUCCAACAAGGAAGUUGUGGUGACGGAGGUGACCGAGUUCUACAAGCAGACCUACAACAACUACAAGGACACCCGGCAGGAGGCGCUCAAGGAGACCCUGCGCCUCAUCCACUUCGGCCUCAACUGCUGCGGGCCCACGGGCACGGUGAUCGACGCCGCCAGGGACAUCUGCCCCAAGAAGGAGGGACUGGAAGCGCUCAUUACCACGAGCUGCCCGGCCGCCAUCGACGAGGUGUUCAACAACAAGCUGCACAUCAUCGGAGGCGUGGGCAUCGGCAUCGGCAUCAUCAUGAUCUUCGGCAUGAUCUUCAGCAUGAUGCUCUGCUGCGCCAUCAAGAGAUCCAGAGACUUUGUUUAACGCCGCCCCUUUGCGCCUCCUCCCGCCUCUAGUUCAGUAACCGACGCUUCUUUUAACCCGCCGCUCAGGGGUGCACGCGGGACGGCCAUCUUGGACGCGUGAGCGCGUGGCGGCCGGAGUCGGCGACCCUUCGAGUCACACUUUUCACUUUCGGCGUUGCGCUCGGCACACCCAAAAAAAAAAAAAACAUUUUCAGUUUGCACGUCUUCCCGACGG